UGAGGGAAGAUGGUGAAGGAAACCGAGUACUAUGACCUCCUGGGGGUUAAGCCCAGUGCCACAGUGGAGGAGAUCAAGCGGGCGUACCGGCGGCUGGCACUAAGGUACCAUCCAGACAAGAACCCCAGCGAAGGCGAGCGGUUCAAACAGAUUUCUCAGGCCUAUGAAGUGCUGUCAGACCCCCACAAAAGGUCGGUGUAUGACCGUGGAGGGGAGAGAGCCAUGAAGGAAGGGGGCGCGGCUGGCAGAGGGGGGUUCAGGCCCCCCAUGGACAUUUUCAACCUGUUCUUUGGUGGGGGGCCUUCCCCCCACGGAGCCCGGGUGGAGAGGAAAGGAAGGACAGCUUUCCAUCACCUGUCAGUCACUCUGGAGGAGCUGUACAAAGGCACCACACGAAAGAUCUCUAUCCAGAAGAACAUCAUCUGCAAGACUUGUGGUGGCCGCGGAGGCAGAGAAGGGCAUGACCCGAGGUGCCCGAAGUGCCAUGGCUCUGGUGUGGAGGUGGUCAUUCACCGCCUUGGCCCGAACUUGGUCCAUCACGUCCAGGCAAUGUGCUCCCAGUGCUUCGGUCAAGGGGAGUGGGUGCAGCCCCUGGAUCGCUGUCUUUCUUGCAACGGCCGGAAGGUCAUCCGGGAGAAGAAGCUCCUCGACAUCUGUGUGGAGAAAGGCAUGGCAGACAGGCAGAAGCUCACCUUCCACCAGGAGGGCGACCAAGUUCCCGGCUUCCAGCCCGGAGAUGUGGUCAUAGUCCUGGACCAGAAGCAGCACCCAAUCUUCCAGCGCCUGGGCAACGACCUUGUGGUCAAGCGGGAGGUGACCCUGGUGGAUGCCCUCUGUGGCUGCAAGCUGGUCAUCUACACCCUGGACAACAGGCGCCUCCUCCUCUCCUCACGGCCAGGAACCAUGAUUAAGCCGGGGGACAGGAAGUGUGUGCCCAACGAAGGGAUGCCUAUCUACCAGUGCCCCACCCAGAAGGGGAAGCUGAUCAUUGAGUUCCAGGUGAGGUUCCCAGAUCCUGGCUGGCUGCCUCCCCACCAGCUGCGCCAGUUCCAGGCCUUCUUUCCUCCCCGGGAGGAGGUCAUGGCCACCGAAGGCACAGAGGAGGCCGAGCUGCGUGACUACUUCCCCCAGCCGGGGUUCGGGGGGAGGCGCUUCACCAGCGAGGCCUUCCCUGAAGACCCCCGUGAGGAUCCACUCCGGCACAAUGUCCAGUGCCAGACCUCCUAACACCAUCAACAGAGCCAUCACAGCCUCCUGGGGUUGGGGUGUGUGGUGAGGGAGCAGCCGUUGGGGGGCAGAGGGUAGAGCCCCUUAAUUCCAUGGGGCUGCCCUUCAUCCCUCUGCCAGAGGAGGUUGGUGGGGGUCCAGAGAGCCUUGGGAUCCCAACCUGUCUGCUUGUCUGU